GGCUUUCCUCAAGAGAACACAUUGGGUAGUAUGAAAACAAUACCCGUACAUACAUGUAAUAAAGAACAUGUGAGUCAACCAGUUGACGAAAUUAUGUUAAAAUGUGAAAAACCUAACCGGUGUGAAAUUUGUUUUAAGCAGUUUAGUAAGAAAGAUCAACAAAACCGAAGUUAAACAAAUGGAAGUCGAAGUAAAACAAGAAGUUGCUGAUGAGACGUCUCAAGCGGAAAUAUAUUAUAAUGCUGUUUUUGGUCCUUUUGAUGUUUGUAAAAGUGAAAUUAAAGAAGAACCACUAACAGAAAGUACAGCCCAUACAUUCGAAUAUGUCGAUUUAAAGAACAUUCCCAUAAAGACCGAAUUAGAACAAGAGGAACAUAAACUUAUUUCAUUUAAAGAAACACAAACAAAUCCACAUGGUUUUCCCCAAGACGAGAACAUAUUGGAUUGUAUCAAAACAAUACCCGUAAAUACACGUAAUAAAGGAAAACGUGUGAAAGGAAAACGUGUGAAAGGAAAACGAGUGAAAGAAAAACGAGUGAAAGGAAAACGUGUUAAAGGAAAACGUCAACCAAUUGAAGAAAAUACAUUAAAAUGCGAAAUUUGUUUAAAGCAGUUUGCCAGUAGACAUUCUUUAAAGAAUCACAAGAAAAUUCACACAGGAGAAAAACCAUACAAGUGUGAUAUUUGUUUCAAGGGAUUUAGUGAAGCAGGCACUGUAAGAAAACAUUUGAGAGUGCACACUGGGGAAAAACCAUACCAGUGUGAAAUUUGUUUGAAGCAAUUCACUGAAGCAGGUACUUUAACAAAACAUUUGAAAUUGCACACUGGGGAAAAACCUCACAAGUGUGAAAUUUGUUUUAAACGAUUUAGUGAAGCAGGUACUUUAAGAAAACAUUUGAGAGUGCAUAGUGGGGAAAAACCUUACCACUGUAAAAUUUGUUUGAAGCAGUUCGCUUUAAAAAGCAGUUUAGAUCAACAUUUAAGAGUGCAUUCUGGAGAAAAACCCUUCAAGUGUGAGGUUUGUUUUAAGCAGUUUUCACAAAUGUCUAUUCUAAAGAAACAUUUGGUGACACACACUAGCACUAGUGAAACACCUGUUAAAACUGAGGGAACACCUGUUAAAACUGAAGAAACAAUAGAGAAACUCCUGGAAAAACCUCACACGUGUGAUAUUUGUUUUAAGCGUUUUGCUCAUCAAAGUUAUUUGAAAAUCCAUUUGCGUGUUCACACUGGAGAAAAACCUUAUAAGUGUGAAAUUUGUUUAAAACGGUUUGCUCGACACAAUCAUUUGAAUGAUCACCAAUACGUUCACACUGGAGAAACACCACAUAAAUGCGAAAUUUGCUUUAAACCGUUUGCCAAUAAAAGUUUAUUAAAAAGUCACACGAAAACACACAUUGAGAAAAUAGAAUACAAGUGUGAAAUUUGUUUUAAGCAGUUUAGCCUAAAUUGUAGUUUGAAAAGACAUAUGAGAUUGCACACUGGGGUGAAACCUUACCAGUGUGAAUAUUGUUUUAAGAUGUUUGCAAUAAAAGAUGGUUUAAACAAACAUUUGAGACUGCACACUGGAGAAAAACCGUACCAGUGUGAAAUUUGUUCUAAACAGUUUGCUCGAAAAAGGUAUUUAGAUGAACACAUAGCCAUUCACUCCAAGGAAAAACCAUACCAGUGCGACAUAUGUUUUAAACAGUUUAGUCAAGCAACCAGUUUGACAAAACAUUUGAGAGUGCAUUCUGGAGAAAAACCUUACCAGUGUGAAAUAUGUUUUAAACAAUUUAGCCAAUCAAGUGUAUUGAAAACACAUUUGAGAGUGCACAGAGAGAGUGGAGAAGUGGAGAAAAACCUUACCAGUGAGAACUUUGAUUUCAGCAGUUUGCUCGAAAAUGUAGGGGAGGGAGUGCACAGAGAGAAUGGAGAAGUAGAGGAAAACCUUGCCGGUGAGCACUUUGUUUUCAGCAGUUUGCUCGAAAAGGUAGGGGAGGAAUAUGAGAAAGGGGAAACCUGUAAGGAAACUUUUCCUUAAUUACUUUAAGAUUGUUUGAGAUGUGCCGUUUGUCGUUAUUUUAGACCAGAUGAUUGAAAAAAACAUUUGAGAAUCUUUUUUGGAAAAAAUCUGUUGAAAUGUUCAUGGUUUAUGAAAGAGCGUCAUCGACACCUUGGCUGCGUUUAGAGAUAUUUAUGUGCGUUACGAGGCAUCUUAUACCCCACUUGUCACCGUGCGUUACGACACAAUCGACGCAGCUAACCGUUAGUGCAGUAUAAGGCCUAUUUAUCCCGUAACGCAGCCAAGGUGUUAUCCAAAAUUUUUAUUUUGCUUAUCGAGUGAAAAAUUGCUUCAAAAAUUAGUUUUAAGGUAAAUUUGUGUUAUCAAAAAUAAAUCAAUUUAAACCAUAAA